UACCCAUCCACUAGGUGGUACGAACGUUUCUGCAGCAAAGAGAAUUUGACCACAGAAGAAGUAGAGGACUGAGGAAGUGGCCUAAACGGGAAAAAAAUUGCAUUUCACCACUUUUGUCUUUUAGCAUCGCGGGGUUUUUUUUUUGUACUUUUCAAUAAUUUUUUUAAAUGUUGGGUGCAUAAAAGCGUAUAUCGCUAAUUCGCUAAUCUUUCGUUAAUUCUUGCGUGCGAGGCUUUACAAGUAGUUUUGAGAGAUGGCUGAUUUACUGACAGUGUACGACGAUGACCAGGCCAACAGCUUUAUUGAGUGCUCGAUCUGCGAUAAAAGAAUACGGGGCGAAACCCAUUACAAAAUACACGUGACCACAUUACAACAUUUGAAGAAAGAGGACACCCUAGCUUCACAAGGAGAGAUUCCGAGACCACCUCCACUGCCGGAAUGGACGGACAUCAGAGAAUAUUUGGAAUACCUGAAUCUUGAUGAGCCCAUCAUCGGUCUCAACUCCCUGGUACAGGUUCCAGAUCAUGUAACUGACGAUGGCAAAACUGUGUUAAAGUACAAGUGCCGAAUGUGUGUCGUGGAGAUGGACCUUUAUAGCAUGGUGGCCCAUAUCGUUGGACGCAAACACAGACAAAAAUACUUGGAGCUGAAAAGACCUGACUUGGUGACAUGGCAAGACAACAACCAAAAACAACCGGGUCUUGUUGCCAGAGCCAAAGCUGCAGUAGUUGAAAAGCAGGAGGGAUGGGGAAAGCCAGUGGCACUCCGAAAACCACAAGAGAAAUUCAGAAAUGUUUUCCAAGCAGGAAUUGAUUUAAGGGCCAGUGUUCACUAUGGACAAGACUCUCUUACGAAGUCACCUUUCCCUGAACAGGUUCAAAAACAGACAUACUUGGAUGAAGACCAACAUGGAAGACCCUAUUAUACUGCCGAUAAGUAUGACCAGUACAAUAGACCUAAUCCAAGUCAUGCAAUCAGUCAACAAUUCUACGCACUCCGAAAACCACAAGAGAAAUUCAGAAAUGUUUUCCAAGCAGGAAUUGAUUUAAGGGCCAGUGUUCACUAUGGACAAGACUCUCUUACGAAGUCACCUUUCCCUGAACAGGUUCAAAAACAGACAUACUUGGAUGAAGACCAACAUGGAAGACCCUAUUAUACUGCCGAUAAGUAUGACCAGUACAAUAGACCUAAUCCAAGUCAUGCAAUCAGUCAACAAUUCUAUCCAGAAGAAAACCAACAUCAAAAACCUUACGAAGAUGCUGGCAUUCGAGGAGGUGAUGAUUAUCCUGAAAGAGAAAUGCAUACUAGGCCCUAUGCAGACCAGAGUGGACGGAGACUUCAGGAAGACUACGAAAGAGAAAGUCUUGGCGGAGGACAGUUCUCAGGAGGUCAAAUAAACCGAUUUAAUGACAAAGACCUCCGAAUCCGCCCUGGAGCAUCAGAAUAUCAGAAAGAGCAAAUGGAAGGUAGGCGGAAUGCAGGUUAUGAAGAGAGAAAUCCUGCCAUGAAUCCCAUGUCAAUGCAUGGAAGAAGCUUUAAUGAGGAGAAAAGAGGCACCGUCAGAGAAAUGCAAAGUAGGACUUGGGACAAAGUUAAUGAGGUGCAAGGUUACCCCCCUAUGUUUCAACCCAAAAAUCCGAGAGCAUAUUCACAAGAAGCGGCUCCAGCUAAAAAGAAAAGGAAGAGCAGAUUCUCUGAUGCAACCGCAGAGGAAAUAGCACUCACACAUAUGAGACAUUCAAAUAAAUUCCCCGCCAAAGUGAAACCAAGAGGAGCACCGUUUAGAGCAAAUCCUCUGUCUUUAAAUAAACAAUUUGUGGAUUCUGGAAGUACAUCCCAUCUUAAUCCAAAACAUGAAAACGUUCUGGACAUACUUAAUGACAUCAAGAUUGAAAAUAUGGAUGAAGCCAGAUUUCUUAAAGAAAAGCUGUGCACAGUUUUGAAAGAGUUCCAAGACAACAAAUCCAGAAGUGCUGUGGGCCAUACUUCACAACCUGUCAGUGAUCACAGAGGAGUAAAGCAGACAGACCAGCGCAGAGAUGCAUAUAAAGACCCAAGGGAUGAUCCAGAUAGCAUGCAUUUAGGAAAGAGAGGUUUCCAAGAGGCCAGACGAUAUGAAGACGGUCCCAGAAGUUUCCAAGAAUCCAGACAAUUUGGAGAUGACCCUAGAAUGUUUCGAGAGGUCCGACAAAUCGGGGAUGACCCCAGAGGUCUUAGAGAGACCAGACGUUAUGAAGAUGAUUACAAGGAGUCAAAACGAUUUGACAGUUAUCCCAGUGAUCUUCAAGAAGCAAGGCCGUACGCCAAUGAUCCCAGAGGAUUUCAAAAGAUGAUGUUACAAGAGACCACACGAGAUCUUCCAGAGCGGAGACGUUAUGAUGAAGAUCCUAGACAAAAGGAACAACAUUUUGAAGAAUAUUCAAGAGCAGAAGCUCCAAGAAGCACUCAAGAGACAAGAUAUUAUGAAGGUGAUUACAGAGGCUUUGGAAAUUUGGAUCCUGAAAGAAAUUGGGAGCAUCAGAAAGGACGUUCAUUAGAGCGUUUUGAGAACAGAGGCCCGGCAGAUCUUGAGAGAGGUUUUCAAGAGAGCUUUGGCAAGCCUCCUGUUCACUUCCAACCAACCUCUCUACAAGAAGAAGCGAGGAUGUAUGCUGGGAGAGCACAGCAGAGGUCUCAUCAGAAUGACCAUGAGCCAGGCGAUGAACCCUACGACCCGUUCCACCCAUCAUCCUCGCCACCUCCAGAAGCAACCAGCUCCACCAGUCUUGACAAGAUUGCAUCAACUCUUCUUGAGCUCGUGGCUCGUAGAUGAAGUUAGCUGAUGAGUCAGUUCAUAAUAUAAGAUGGUUAUAGCUUAACAAUAGUCUACAGUGAUUGAUCACCUUUAUGUAAAUUCAUACAAUAACUUUCAGUAAAUGUAAUACUGUUUUCAUCCGCCCAUACCGCUUAUUCUCUGCAGGGUCACGGAGGGCUGGAGGUUAUGCAAGCAUCUCGGGCCACAGGCAGGAAAAUACACUGAAUGGAUAGGAAGUCAUCGCAGGGCACACACAUAUUCAUACUGUUUUGAAUUACUACCUAAAUUCUCACUGCUUUUCAUUUUGUCACGAUUUGUAGCCUGCUUGCUGUUGUCUUUUCUGUUUGGUUUGUGUACUAAGAAAUUGUAAUGGGUUUUGUUCAAAUGGUUUAUAAGAAAGAUGAUUGAAAAAAAAUAAACAGUUCAACCCAAA